ACUACGAUAAGUUAUCUCGGUUUCCUCCAAUUUUGAAGUCACAUUUUCCAUACAGAUUAAAAUACCAUCAGUCAAAUGUGUGCUUUCUUGCAACAAUGCAAGUUUUAACUGUGUUUAUAUCCAUAAUUUUAAUUGGAAUAAGCGAGGAGCAGUCCAAACCGAUGAAGCCAACAGUGCCAACCCCCAGUUAUGACCAAAAACCGUCAGGAGAAUAUUGGCCUGGCUCUUGGGAUAAUAAUAGCACAACCGUUCGGCAAAACCUGGCAAACUGGUUACUGAACGGCUCCUGGAACAACCCGGAGCGAAUCCCGGAAAAAUCGCACGAAUACGAGGGAUACGACGGGUGGUACAACAACAUAGCCCACCCGGAUUUAGGCGCAAUUGAUCGGCCACUUUUGCGCCGUUGGCCCACGGCCUACGAAGACGGUAGUUACCUGCCAGCUGGGUCAAACCGACCAAAUCCCUUGGAGCUAAGCGAAAAAUUAUUGAAGGGGGAAACGGGAACUAAAUCAAGGGCGGGGAAAAAUGCCUUGAUUGUUUUUUUCGGGCAACAAGUCGUUGAGGAAAUUUUGGAUGCUCAAAGGCCGGCCUGCCCUCCGGAAUAUUUUAAUAUUGAGGUGCCUCAAAACCACACGUAUUUGGAGAAGCCGGGACAUUCGCAAAUGCCAUUUUUGAGGACUCGGUACGACCAAAGGACGGGCUACAGCCCCAAUAAUCCCAGACAACAAUUGAACGAAAUCACCCCUUACCUGGACGGGGGUUUGUUCUACGGCACCACAAAACAAUGGGCCGACCAAUUACGCACCUACGAAAACGGCACCAUCGACCCAGAUGGGUGCCUCGCAUCGUCCCAUGAUGGUCUAUUCCCAGCUUACAACACCCAGCGUCUUCCCUUGGCCAACCCCCCGCCCCCGAUUUACCACUCCAUGUUUAUCAAAUCGCACGAAACGGCAAAAGUGUCGCGAUUUUUCAAAUUGGGAAACCCGCGAGGAAACGAAAACUCAUUUCUCCUAACUUUUGGAAUAAUGUGGUUCCGGUGGCACAAUUACCUCGCGAAAAGGAUCCGGAUUUUGCGACCUGAGUGGCCCAGUGAGAAGGUUUUUAACGAGGCCCGGAAAUGGGUGAUUGCAACCCAGCAAAAAAUCGUGGUUUACGACUGGUUGCCGGAGUGGAUUUUCGAGGACUUGCCGGAUUAUGGGGGAUAUGAUCCGGGGGUUGACCCCCAAAUUGACCAGUUUUUCCAAAGUGCGGCGUUCCGGUUCGGGCACACUUUGGUCGUUCCGGGGGUGUAUUUGCGGGAUUAUGCCCGGAACGGGUGCAAACACAAGUUUGACACUUGGGGGCAAAACACGGUACGGACCUGUAACUCCUUCUGGAGGCCCCAUGAGCCCAUUGUCAAGCCGGUUGACGAAGGAAAGAGCGAAGUUAUUGACAUUGACCGACUUUUGAUGGGGAUGGCCGUCCAAUUGUGCGAAGAAGAAGACCACAAAAUCGUUGAGGACUUGCGGGGAAAUGUGUUCGGCCCUUUGGAAUUUCCUCGAAGGGACCUGAUGGCCCUAAAUAUACAAAGGGGGCGCGAUCACGGAAUCCCUGAUUACAACACAGUUCGGCGAGCUUAUGGCUUGAAAAAACAGACAUUCGGCGAUUUUGGUCAUCUCCCAAUGAAGAUCAAAGAAGAAUUCGAGAAGUUGUACAGUUCAGACGAAGAUGUUGAUCUCUGGAUCGGUGGCAUCCUUGAGACGAAGGACCACAAACCUGGCGAGCUCUUCCGGACUAUUAUCAAGGACCAGUUCCGGAGGAUCCGGGACGGGGACCGUUUUUGGUUCGAAAACAAAGAAAAUGGCCUAUUCAGCAAUGACGAAGUUGAAAGAAUUAAACAAAUUACACUGUACGAUAUUAUAAUGGCAGUCACAAGGAUGGACCCGGACGACUUGCCCAAGAACGUAUUUAAUGUCCCUACUGACACUGAUGUUCAAUUGAUUUCGAAAUGUAACUUGACAAAGUCGUCGUGUACGAGUAAAGACAGUACAAACUUCAACUGCCACCACCUGGAGCCACUCACAACGAGUGUGUUAAAUGAAUCCUGUGUGCAAGGAUUGUCCUACGAUUAUUUCAGCAAUAGUGAAGUUUCAUUUAUUGUGACGUUUAUUAGCAUAGGGACGUUUAUCAUAGGAUCGAUCGGAGUCAUCUACGUGUUAAUACAAGUGAAGGAGAAACAAAUACUGGCCGCAAAAAUUGUAGCGAAUCAAUCCACCCGAAAUACGUUCAAAAACGAGAAAAACAUUCAUUAUCCUUUGUUUGUUGUGGAUGAAUGGCUUGGCCCGAAAGAUCCUUCAAGGCGUGUGGUUUUGGUCCUAAAAGACGACAAAAAAAUCGUCGAGGUGAUGUCGCAAACUGGCGAAUUACUCCGCGCCCUUGACUUUACAAACCCAAAGAAAAAAGUCGAAGUUUACGAAAUCAAGGACGCCCCUUACGUCAUCAUUAAAUGCACGCAUGAUUACGACCUAAUUUUGCGAUUUGAGACGGAUUAUUUAAGGAGCAGAUUCCUCACAACGUUUGAUCCUUUCUUAACAAACAGUGGGUUAGCUCGCGAAAACAUCUCGAGCUUUACCUGGAAAGCGGCUUUGAAGAAAAUUACAACAAAAACUGACCGACAAUUGCUCCUGGAACGGUUCUAUCGAGUGGUUUUCGCCCAAGCUUUCAAAAUAAAGCACUCGCAGGAGGAGUUGCUGCACGUUGAUGAGACUCUGGAGAAGGAGAUUGUUGAUACUGAGUUAACCAUUACUGAGUUUGCGGAAGCUUUGAGUAUGAGGGCACAAGACGAGUUCGUUAAGCGAAUGUUCGCGCUUGUUGAUAAGGACAAGAGCGGGUUUAUCUCAUUUCGGGAGUUUGUCGACUUGUUGAUUAUUUUUGCCAACGGGACAGAGGAGAACAAAGCCAAGUUGUUGUUCGAUAUGUACGAUGUUAACGCCGUGGGAUACCUAACAGAGGAGAAUUUCAUCGCAAUGAUUAAGUCGUUUUUAGCCACGGUUGGGGCCGACAUCGAGGAGGAUAAACUCCAAGCCACAGUUCAGGGCAUGUUGAAGCGAGCGGGACAUAAGCAACAACUCGAAUUUGGAGACUUUGUCAAAAUUUUUGGAAAAGACAUCAAAAACUUGAGCCAAGCGAGGCUAGAUUUUAAGGGUGUUCGUUCGCAAAAUCGGAACUCGUAUUUGGAUGUGGCUCGGGACACGAUUGAGCACAUUUAUGCGAGCCGGCGGGAGAUCCAGGAGCGCUUCCAGGGCGAAAUCCAGCCUCUGGCUCGGGACACAAGCAAAGUAAUCGACGAAGACCAAGCCGAAUCGAUCAAAACUCAGUUCACGACAGUUCGGUCGCAAUUUCCUUUUGUGCGUUAUAUUGAAUUAAAGUCGAAAGAAAUUUUCUGGAUGACGUUGUACACGCUCAUUUUGUGGGCAAUUUUCAUCGAAAGGGCCUACUAUUAUACGGUGGAACGGGAACACUCGGGACUUCGCAGGAUCGCAGGAUAUGGAGUGACAAUAACUCGCGGAGCGGCUUCAGCUAUGAUGUUCACCUAUUCCUCCCUUCUUGUCACAAUGUGCAGGAACACAAUUACUUAUUUAAGGGACACAGUGGCCAAUAAGUACUUCCCGUUUGAUGCCUCCGUCGAGAUGCACAAAUACAUCGCUUACUGGGCGUUUUUUUUCACAAUCAUGCAUAUCGUAGGACACGCUUUUAACUUUUACCACAUUUCCACCCAAACCGCUGACGACCUGACCUGUCUUUUCCGAAAUUUUCACCACGCGACCCACGAAUUGCCAAAAUUCCACUACUGGUGCUGGCAGACCAUUACUGGCUUCACUGGAGUUGUCUUGACCCUAAUUUGGGCUGUGAUUUAUAUUUUUGCACAAACUGUCGUACGGCGGAAAAUCUACAACUGGUUUUGGUACACACAUAACAUGUAUCCGUUGUUUUUCAUUUUUAUGGUUUUGCACGGUACGGGGCGUCUGAUCCAGCCGCCUUUUUUCUACUAUUUUUUCCUGGGGCCUGUGAUUUUGUUCACGCUAGAUUCUGUUGUUAGCAUCAGUCGGAAAAAAGUGGCCAUUCCUGUGAUUCGGGCCGAAAUUUUACCGUCAAAUGUGACAAUGUUGGAGUUUCGGAGGCCGGAAAAUUUCCAGUACAAGUCUGGACAGUGGGUUAGAAUCGCCAGUUUGGCGUUGAACAAAAACGAGUAUCACCCGUUCACUUUAUCGUCAUCUCCGGAUGAAGACAAUUUAACGGUUCACAUCCGAGCUGUUGGUCCCUGGACCACUCACAUUAGGCGUCUUUACGAUAACUUCAAUAAAGCGACGCCAAAUUCGGCACUUCCUAAAUUGUAUUUGGACGGUCCGUAUGGGGAGAGCCACCAAGACUGGAACCAGUUCGAAGUCUCUGUGUUAAUCGGGGGCGGGAUUGGAGUCACCCCUUUCGCCAGUAUCUUAAAAGACGUGGUUUUCAGCGCAAACCAAAGCAGAUGCAAAAAAGUCUACUUUAUUUGGGUGUCCCGAACGCAAAAACAAUUCGAAUGGUUGGUGGAUUUAAUCCGAGAGCUGGAGUACAAAGACCGCCGGAACAUAAUAAGUUGCCACAUUUUUAUCACACAGUUUUUCGAAAAAUUUGACUUGCGGACGACUUUCUUGUAUAUAUGUGAGAGGCAUUACCAGAGGAUUUCGAAUCGGUCUCUUUUCACCAAUUUAAAAGCUGUGACGCACUUCGGACGUCCCCAUUUCAAGAAGUUUUUCCACACCGUGUCGUCACUACACGAAAAUGCCCAUUCGGUUGGCGUUUUCAGCUGCGGCCCUCCGUCCAUGACCACCAGCGUGGAUACGGCCUGCAACGAGAUCAAUGGACAGACGGGGGCGCGGUUCGAGCACCAUUACAAGAAUUUUUGAUUUUGAAUAAAUUUUGAAUUCAGUUGCUAGUUGAUAGGCAACACUUCAUACACACUGUCCUUGUUUUGUAAAUUUUGCAAACCUAUGUUGCAAAACCAUCAUCGUAUUGAACCAUUUAUGUGUUUAUUUGUAACUGAUUUAAUAAAGCUUUGUAUUUUUGAA